UUGAGAGCCGCUGGUCUACACCAACAUUAUAACCGUAAUCUUGCUCUCACCUUCUUUGCUUUGUCCUGUAGAUAUCAGAAGCCUCUCUGCUCUGUUGUAAUCUCCAGAACUCAGGAGCUCUGUCUCAUCUACUUUGUAUCUUUUUCAUUCCAUAACCCAACACUUUUGAGUAGACAGGGAGCAUGUUAAGUUAAAAGGGCAGCACUAAAUUGUCACGCAUAGCAGUGACUCUUAGACAUUGUGAGGCCCCGCAUAAUUUGUGCCCGUCACAAUUUUACUAAAAUUGGAUAUAUUUUACAGAGUUCAGAAUCAUCCGUAAAUUCAACAAAUGUUUAUUGAGCAUCUACCAUGUUGCGGGUUCUGGUAGGGACACCCCAGAAGACAGAAGGCCUCAGUUCUCGUGGAACUUACAUUCUGUGGGGAGAUCAAUAGUAAAAAUGCAAAUAGUUUGAGAUAGUGUAAUAUAACAUGAAAAUAGAGCAGCUUCAAGGCUUUGUGAGGGUGAUCAGGGGAGCCUCUCUAGGCGAGUGACAUCAAGGAACCUAAAUAUUGAGAGAGACACAGCCAGGCAAGGACAUGGCCACAUGGCAUGUCACACUGAGGGAGGGCAGGAAGUGCUAAUGACCAGGUCAUGGAGGUGAAAGUGGGAAGUCUGGAUUGAGGUUUUGGGAACUGAUGUCUGCCAUUCUAGAAAGCAGCAUUUCUGACAUCAUGUGUUUAGGUUAAAUAACAGAAUCGACUACAAUUGGUUUUAUGGCUUCUUCGAAUCCAAACAGGAGAGUCCUGCAGUCAGAAAACAAUAAAGUCACAGGUCCCCACGGGGCACCUUGAAGGCAGACAAGUGUGUUCAUGCUUUGUGCAUUUUCUCCUACGCACAACUGUGGCAAUUGUUUAGCAAGAUCUUUGGAACCCAUCAGUCAUUCUCCACUCUGAUUUGCUUAAUCAUUCUAAUAUUUCUCAUUCUUCUCUUUCACAUACCCCUGGGCCACUGAGACAGCAAGUGGGUUCACUUGCUGAACCUUGCCUUCAGUUUCAACCAACUGAUUCUGUCCAGAUAAUCUAAUUAGCUGUACUGGCAAUCUGAUGCAUUUGCCCAGGUAUCCAGAAGAACUUGUCAAACUCCUUGCAACCCUGGGCUUUUUAGAGAGCUGAUCAUGGCAAGUGGGACCAUCAUAGGACAAUCAAAUCCCCAAACUUUAGAUCUUGAAGAAAAGGCAAUUAGAGAAGUGACACCAAAGAAGCAACAGGCUCAGAGCAAAUAACUGAUCCCAGGUCACACAGCUCCAGUGGGUUCCGUUCAAGGCCGUGGUUGAGUGGAUGGACUCCUGGGUCCAAAAUUCCAUUGCGUGUUCAGUCACCUGUGGCCUGUACAUAUGGACUCCCAAAGAUCCCCAAAUGAAACUGUCCUCAUUACAGGAGGAGGUGGCUAUUUUGGUUUCCGACUAGGCUGUGCUCUGAACCUGAAGGGAUUCCACGUGGUUCUGUUCGACAUCAGCAGCCCUGCUCAAACCAUUCCAGAAGGAAUCAAAUUUGUACACGGUGACAUCCGCCAUCUCGCUGAUGUAGAGAAAGCCUUCCAUGGGAAUGUCACUUGUGUGUUCCAUGUUGCCUCUUAUGGUAUGUCAGGACGGGAGCAACUGAAUCGAAAAUUGAUCCAUGAAGUCAAUGUCAGGGGCACGGACAAUGUCCUCCAGGCUUGCCAGAGGAGAGGGGUACCCAGGUUAGUUUACACCAGCACUUUCAACGUCAUCUUCGGAGGUCAAGUUAUCAGAAAUGGGGAUGAAUCUCUGCCUUACCUGCCUCUUCAUCUCCACCCUGACCACUACUCUCGGACCAAAUCUAUUGCAGAGAAGAAGGUGCUGGAGGCAAAUGGCACAGCCCUGGAAAGAGGCAAGGGUGUCUUGAGAACCUGUGCUCUGAGGCCAGCCGGCAUCUACGGGCCGGGAGAACAAAGGCAUCUUCCCAGAAUAGUGAGCUACAUUGAGAGGGGUCUGUUCAAGUUUGUGUACGGGGAUCCCAGGAGCCUGGUCGAGUUUGUCCACGUGGAUAACCUGGUGCAGGCUCACAUUCUGGCCUCAGAGGCCCUGAGAGCCGACAAGGGCCACGUUGCCUCUGGGCAGCCCUACUUCAUCUCGGAUGGCAGACCAGUGAACAACUUUGAGUUCUUCCGGCCCUUGGUUGAGGGCUUAGGCUACACAUUCCCACCCACCCGCCUGCCCUUGGGCCUCAUCUACUGCUUUGCUUUCCUAACAGAGAUGGUCCACUUCAUUUUGGGUCGACUCUACAACUUCCAGCCCUUUCUUACCCGCACUGAAGUCUAUAAAACUGGUGUCACACAUUAUUGUAGCUUAGAGAAAGCCAGGAAGGAGCUAGGCUAUGAGGCUCAGCCAUAUGACCUCCAGGAAGUAGUGGAAUGGUUUGAAGCCCACGGUCACGGGAGAAGUCCUGACAGUCGUAUCUCAGAGUGCUGUGUUUGGGGAGGGCUGUUGGGCUUCCUCUUGGUUGUAGCAGCCCUCACCUGGCUGCCGCCUCCUGUGAUCCUGCUGCUGUGAAGGAGGGGCUGGAAAUAAGGAGCUGAUCACACUGAGAUGGUUUUCAAGAAACAUGGGUUUUGAAAUAAUAUACAGUGCGCUCUAGCAUCAAACUUUGGAUCCUUAAAAUUGCUACUUAAGAAUAAGCUCUUGGAUUAAAUCUUCCUUACUUCGUUACACUAAUCCUAAUGGGAGGGGAAAAAAAAUCAAAAGUUUAAAAUCUGGUUUCCUGUGUCCUGUUUUAGAUGGGUGCAGUAAAAUCGGUUUGGAACCAC